AUGUGGGAACUUUCAAUAAAGACGUCAAAGACGGAAAGGGCGUCGAGACCUGGGCGGACGGCACUGUCUACGAAGGGCCCUUCAAGAAUGGAGAUAAGGAGGGAAAGGGCAAAAUUAGAUUCCCCGACGGCUCUACUUAUGAAGGCGACUUCAAGGCGGAUCUGUUUGACGUACGAGGGUUUGUGGCGCGAGGGUUUGAUGGAGGGUUUAGGGUUUUACAGCUGGCCUGCGGGGCAGUGCAGCAGCUACGAGGGUUUAUUCAAAAAGGGUUUGAAGGAAGGCCAAGGAGUUCUUUUGCUGCGGGACGGCCGCAAGUACGAAGGCCACUUCAGCAGCAACAAACUCCACGGCGAAGUCACUGAAGUCAUGCCCAGCGGAAAGUCCCGCAAAGGUAUUUGGAAAGAGGGAGUGUUUCAGCAGUGGGCGGAAGCUGGAGAAAAGGUUUUAUUAAAUGUUGCAGAAAAAGACACAGACAAAGAUGAAGAAUACGGAACUUCCAUCUUCUCCAACCCUGACGCCUACACCCAAGUCUACAAGACACAAGACAGAAAAAGAAUGAAAAUCAAAGGCGGAGUCCUCAGAGGCAAAAUCAAAGAAGACACAAGUGCCCAGAACUCGCGGACGCCUUCAGAGAACCUUCAAGACGAGCAGCAGCAGCAGCAGCAGCAGCAGCACGAGUAG